UUAUUGUGUUGUCAGGCACCUAGAGCCCCUAUUGAGUACGCGACCCCAUCCGAAGCCUGGAAGGGUGGAGAGUCUCCCUCAAAAGACCGGUAACGCGCCGAGAAACCCAUCAGGUUCCUGAGUAUUAUUUACUGAUGUUCAGACGUGGUUAAGCGACUGAGGAUAGUACUUGUACCAAGACAGCCCUUCAUCCAGAUAUAAGAUCCGAAAGCGAACCUCAAGAUACAACGAUGGCAGAAACGGGAAGUUUACCAAAGACUGAAACUACUGAACCUAAGCUUGAGGUCUCCGAGAUGAAAGACGACACCUCUGAGACAAAAGAUGCUACUACAUCCUCAGAGUCAAAGGGCACCACAACCGACUCCUCUCAAACCUCAAUCGAACCAGGCGGGAAGGACACAGAUGCGGAUGUGGAAACCCACGGCCAGUUCAAGGAAGAUCAAAUCACCUCCGAUGAGGCCGACGUGUGGGAAGUGAAGCAUAGUUGCUGGGAACCCUUGGACAAACGACGGAAGGCGGCACGGAAACGUAUCAAGCAGUCAACCAGCUAUAUGAAACUUCUGGAAGACCGUGUAGCUUACUUGGAAUCGCAUAUCGUGAAAUACAAGCCGGAUGAUCCGGUCGAGGAGGACGAGGCGGUGGCCCCAGCGAAAUUGAUGCGUAGGGAGCCAAACAGGAUGUUACACGAGGAGUUUGAACUCGCAAGACUGGCAGAGGGGGAGCAUGUUCUCGAUAUCCUGAUUUCUGAUCCGGCGGAAGUGGGCGAAGCGAGUGGUGCCGGGAAAGCGGAGAGGCUGAGAAUUAAUUCUGUGCCAGUAUUGAAGAUCUUAGAGAAGCUUACUACGAAGUCUUUUGGUACCUCGUACAUGUUCUUGAGGCCUUUCAGAUUUCUCAUGCGACACCGAGAUCUACUAGGGGGCUAUCUAGAAGAAUUGGAGAAAAUUCAUGUCGAUAAAGACCCAGGUAAUGCAGAUGAUAGGGAUAAGACGCCUACCGUGAUAUAUGAACCUGGCGGAGGAGGUAAACGUGUUUCCCGCUAAACCUGCUUAUUGAAAGCUAACUCUUUUCGCAGUCUGGGGCAGCAAUCUAGUCCCUGAAGUGGCUGUAGAGAAUAUUACCGAAACAAAAGAAGAUAUGGAAGACCUUCGCUGCCUUCUAAAGUUUAUUGAUGAAGAAUGCAAAUCCGAUUUUGACCUCGUCCAAGCAAUCAAACACGGCGGUGUCAAAAAAAUAGCCUUCACAGAUAUCGACCUCCUCUUUACUGCGGGAGAGGAAAUCUAUUCUCAAAAGGAUGUCGAUAAUCCGCAAGUCUAUCGUGUCCUUGCCACCACCGGGGGCCGUCCUCUCCGAAAAACUGAGGCCAUCCGGGGGAAUCUCAAGUUGUACAGCCGUAUGAUGAAGGAGCUUACAGGCAGUAUAUGCGAGCGCAACCACCCACCGAACUACAAUGAUAUAUUCCGUGCCAAAAGAGAUGACGAUGGUAAGGGUGAACCAUUGUACAGACGACACGAUACUGCGAGCCCCUUCAUCAUUGACUGUUACUCAAUUGAUUUCGAUGGAUUACAUCUGGGUGGUGUUCAAAAGCAGAUUGAAAUCCGCCCCUACGAAGGCGAGAAACCGGUUACAUCACUGCCGGUGUAUCCAUUGAAAUUUCUGCCAGAUUUGGAAAAGACUAGAGGACGGCUCUUGGACCGGGGAAAGUCGUUUCUGACGAUGCUAGACGUUUCUCAUAAGUAUUACGAAGGAUUGAGUCUUAGCGAACCGAAAGAAGAGGUAGCGCACCUCAUCCAUCCGCAGGCCUUUUCUUCCAUUGCUCAUAGUUUUGUCGCAGGUUCAAAGUCAGGUAAUUGCAGACCCAACACUCGCUCUGCAGCUCAACCCCGAUUGGGUUCCCAAGCUAGGUCUUGACACUGCUACCUCGCGGGAUCCCCGCGAGGCAAACGAGUCCGGUCCCUCUACAUGCGCCACUCUUUGCUGGCAGGGAAGCUUCUGCGAAAAGCAUGAGGACUUUGGCAUAGAGCUCCAAAUAAAGCACCAUCUGGAAAUCUUCGCAUCCCAAGCGAAGCUUCUCGACGAGGCCCAGGAGCACAAAAAACUCGGAGAUUCCCUUAUUAUCCUGUUGCCAGAGCGGAUAUUUGGGUUCGUACUUAGAAGCCGGAAGUGGAGUAAGUCUCUAUCUCCCCCGACAGUGUAGUCCGCGCUAGUCUGACAAAUCUGGGUAGCCCCGUUGGACGUCACAUUAAUGAGGGAUGUUCCGAGUCGCAAAGAAGGGUUCAAUUCGCUAGUUUUGCCAAAAGGGCAUCGGGACUUGGUCGAGGCGUUGGUCCAAACACACUCUCGGGGCUCAAGACCCACCACGGGUACAGUUCACGACGGGGAACACGAGGUUGAUCUCGUUCGCGGGAAAGGUAAACCCUGACAAAGUCCCCUACCUUCGUUCACACGGUGCUUAUCUUGGAAAAAUAAAGGCAAAGGACUUAUUAUUCUGCUUCACGGUGCUCCGGGGGUGGGGAAAACUUCGACAGCAGGUAUUGCGCAUAUUCCAAAGGAUCGCACCACUUGCUGAAAGUUAUGCAGAAUGUGUUGCCGACUUUACCGGAAGGCCUCUAUUCGCGAUAACCUGCGGUAACGCUCCACACAACCCCUAUAGGGCCCAAACCAUAGAUACUAAUAGAUAAUUAGGUGAUAUCGGAGCUGAAGCUAAGGAAGUUGAAGAAAACCUCGAAAAGCACUUUUACCUCGCGCACAAAUGGGGAUGUGUUCUUCUCCUUGACGAAGCCGAUAUUUUCUUACAAAAGCGUGACAAGGCCGACCUUCGCCGUAAUAGUCUUGUCUCAGUCUUCCUACGUGUUCUCGAGUAUUAUUCCGGAAUCCUCUUCCUUACAACCAACCGAGUAGGCAUGUUCGACGAAGCUUUCAAAUCCCGUAUCCACAUAAGUCUCUACUACCCCCCCCUCGAUCGGAAAGCAUAUCUCGCCGUGUGGGACAUGAACUUGACACGCACUCAAGAAGGGAAGAAGAACAUUCAAGUUGAUCGUGUUGAGAUUCUGGGUUAUGCCAAGAGACAUUACAAGGAACUGAAGUGGAACGGGAGACAGAUCCGGAAUGCUUUUCAGACGGCGAUAGCGCUUGCCGAAUUUGAUGCCAAGAAAGCCGCGGUCAAAGCCGGUGUGGAGGGUGCCGAGGACAUGAUUCACCCCCCGGCGAAACUCACCCGUCAGAAGUUUGUUAAAGUUGCGAAGGCCAGUAAGGACUUUGACGAGUACCUUAAGGAAGUUUACUCCGGAUUGAACGAUGCAGACCUUGCCGAACUGGAAGAGGUGCGCAAGGAUAAUUAUCCAGGAUACCCCCCACGACGAAGAUCAACGUUUAAUAGGAGCAAGAAGGAGGAAGUGAGUGAAAGCGAAUCGGAUACCAGCACAGAUAGUGGGGAGGAUGAAGAUGACGACGACAGUGAAGAUCGGGAUGAAGAUAGUGAGAACGGUAAGAGAAGGAGGAAAAAGCGGAAGGGUAGCGGUAGCGCCAAGAAGUCCAAGCGGGGAGAUGAUGAUAGUGAUGACAGUGAGGAUGAGGAGGAGACAAGGGCGAAAAAGAAGACAGGGAAGAAGAGGAGUUCCAAAAGGUAAUCGCGAUACCCGGAGGAAACGUGCUUCUUAGAAUAGGUCAUUAUAUGAAAUCUUCGCUCAAGCGCCACGGAAGAAUAAACGUACCUAGUUAUAUUAU